UACAACUCAGUGUAUCCGAGAGAUUCAAGCGUAGCGGUACUCGAAGCAGUCGGGCGGGUGUAGCGUUCAUUCAGAAAGUCCAACGUCGCGUUUGUGGCCCGCGUGCGUCUUCGAUUCGGAAAGAUCCAAUCUGAAGCCAGAGAUCUACAUAGAAACCCCAUAAGUGAUACAAAAUUGGAAGAAUUCAAAAUUAAAAAUCGCAAAAAUAAGCGCAAGAUCUUUGUGGUUCGUCGCGAGUUCCUUGGCACUUCGUGAGAGAAACACAAGGCCUUCAAAGCCAGAAGCUAAUUGUUUGAAGCUCCCAUGACAGCGAAAAGGUGAAAGAAUUGAAAGAUUCAGCUGCAGUGCUCAGUGUGAUUGCCAUUCGCGUGGCCUAGUGUCUGAAAGUGUGUAAACCAGAGGCUAAGGCCCCUCAGGAGGAUUCCAAGCGGAUUACAGAAAAGGAUUAAAUAACAAAUGGCGAGUGUCAGCGGCAGCCAUCGGAGGAUGAUGGAAAAAUCGAACUAAGCGGCAAGCUAGAGCCAGUAACUCCGGAAAAGAUGAGUAUAGGAGUGCCACUAGCUGCAGCAAAAAGCGAGAAAAACACCAAACUGCAGCCAGACCAGCGGGGAAACUUAUGAAAAACCCCAAAAAACUAAAGACCGAAAGCGAAACCAGCAAGAGGAGGAAACUCAAAGCAACAAUUACCAGGAAUCUGGGCCAAGAACCCAGGAAAGCACUCCAAGAAACCCGUAGCCUACCACUGAACUGAGAGCUCCGCCAAGGGACAGGAUAGCCAGGGAAUUAGCCACGAAAAUGGAUACAUUUUCCGCCGGGGCCUGCCUUCUUCUAGUCCUGCUGGCAGGAGACCUAUCGUCUGUCCAGGGCGAACAGCACCCCGCCACCGCCGACGAAGGACCCCUUUCUGAGGUUUUGACCGCCGUGGGCUCGGAGGUGGCCCUGCCCUGCGAUCUGGUGCCCGGAACCAUGAUCGAGGACAAGGUGCAGAUAGUCAUCUGGUAUCGUCAAGGCAAUACGAAGCCCAUUUACACCUUUGACGCCCGCGGGCGCCCUUUGCACAAGGCCAUACCCUGGGCGGACGAGAGCGUCUUCAACAAGAAGGCCCAUUUCCACUAUGACACCAAUCCACCUGCCCUGCGGAUCAAGAACAUCCAGACCUCGGACGCCGGCCUCUACAAGUGCCGGGUGGACUUCCAGAGCUCCCCCACGCGAAACUGGCGCAUCAACGUGACUGUCCUGGUUCCGCCCACUCAGCUGACCAUUCUGGACCAUCAUGGCGCUGAGAUUCGCGACCAAACGGCUGGACCUUACUUGGAGGGCGACAGCAUCGACCUCACCUGCCUGUCGAGCGGAGGAGUACCUCCGCCACGGGUCUCCUGGUGGCGGGAGCACGCCCUGAUCGACGACUCCUUCCAGGUGCUGCCCGACGGCUCAGUGCGCAAUGUCCUGCGACUGAAGAACAUACAGCGCAAGGACCUGCUAACGAUGUACACCUGCCAGGCGACCAACGGCCACGUGGUUCCGGCGCUGACCAAGAAGGUUAUCCUCGACAUGAAUCUGCCUCCACUCAGCCUGCUGCUUCAAGGACUGAACCACGCCGUAGUAGCUGGGACCAGGACUCAUGUGACCUGCACGGCGAUUGGAGCACGGCCACCUCCCGAAAUUAUCUGGUCCAAGGCAGGACAGAUCCUCAGAGGUGCCACCACAUCUACCUCCGUUGAUGGCAAUACAACGAUGUCCGAACUGAUGCUGAUUCCUGUGCCAGAGGAUAACGAACGACAGGUGGUGUGCUCUAUAUCCCUGAACUCGGGGAUCACUUCCCAGCAGCUACAGGAAGGUCACACCACGGUAAUGACCACCUUGGGCAAUGGAAACACAGGAUUGUAUCUCAAGGACUCCAGAGUGCUGAACGUGACUCAUGCACCCAUUGUGAACCUGAACUUGGGCGCUCCCCUUGAUCCCAAUAAUCUCCUCAAGGGUUCUGACGUCUAUCUGGAGUGCGAUGUGAAGGCCAACCCUGCCAUCACCCGAGUGGAGUGGUAUCACAGUGACAAGCAAUUGCAUUCCUCGCGCGGCAUCAUCAUUUCAAACCAGACCCUCGUCCUGCAGGGAAUCUCCAAGUCCUCGCACGGCCAGUACUUCUGUAGGGCCAGUAACCUGCAGGGAAGCGUGUCCAGCAACGAGGUCUACUUGGACGUGAAGUAUCCUCCCGUUUGCAAGUCAGACUCUACGAUUAUACGUGCCGCACUCAAGCAGACAAUCAACAUCACCUGCGAGGUGGACGCGAACCCACUCGAUAAUCUAAAUUACAAGUGGCACUUCAACAACUCGCUGGAGAGCCUCACGGAGCUGCCGCAUUCGCCCGGAUCCGCCUCCCUGGUCGCGGACCUGGGCGGAUAUUAUCAGCGCCAGAAGCGGAAGCACGCGCACGCCGGAAUGCAGCCGAGACUCCUUCACGGCCGCCACGGACGCAUGGCGGCUAUAAGGUUCGAGGACGAGGACGAGUACGAGGACUUCGAGGAGGAGUACGGCGAGGAGCAGCCCUCUCACCAUCCCCACGCCCAGAUGGUCUACUCCAACAUGGUGCACAAGAAUCACGUGGAGAACAACAAGCAGCAGCAGCGGAAGCCCCAGCAACAACAGAUGCAGUCCGGCGGAUCUGGCGUCGGAGAGGCCCAUCACUCGCCAUCGGGCGGCGGAGGGCUACAGCUGUCCGAGCGCAAGAGGCUGGCAGCUCUGCACAAGCAGCAGCACCACCGCCAGGCCAUGGCCACGCCCCCCACAACCACGUCCGCACCGCCGCUGAACAACGUCUACAGCUACCACGUGGAGAGCUACGAGAGCUUCGGUGCGAUUUCCUGCGUGGCCAGCAGUCCGAUGGGCCACAGCCAGCCCUGCUGGUACCACAUCCAGCCGGCAGAUCUUCCCGAACCUGUGAAAAACUGCACGGCCUUUAAUGCCACAGCCAACUCACUGCAGAUCCAGUGCAUCCCUGGCUACGAUGGUGGAAUUCCUCAGCACUUUCAUGCCCAAAUCUACGACGAGCUGAACCGCCAAAUCCUGUACAACGCCUCGUACAAGUACCCAGAGUUUACGGUGAAGCGUCUGCCCAGCGACUCGGUGUUUGUCAUCCGGAUAACGGCGGUGAAUGCCCAGGGACCCAGCAAGGUGGCCUACAGGCUGAGGGGCCGCACCCUGUCAGCUCCUCUUCUGCGAACAGCUUCCUCCACGGCAGUUCUGGUGCAGCUAACUCCACUGCUGGGCGCCCUGCUCGGCGUCAUGGUCACUCUUAUCCUGGUGGCUAUCUGCGUAGUGAUCGUUAUCAAGUUCCGGAGUAAACGCGGCGGACGAAGGCACGGAAAUGGCGGCGAUGCCACCACCACGGAGGCUGACAAGGGAAGCGCGGAGCCCUUGUCCCGCAAUAUGGGCAGCCACUCGAGCCUAGAGGACAAAAACCCGGAUGUGGUGCCGCAGGAGGCCAACAGCGAGGACGAGUUCCACCAAGAGGAGAAGGCCUUCGACAGAUUGAAUAUGGAAUCCCAAAGGAUUUUGUACACACCACCCACACGUAUUAGCACCGCUUCCCCGCCGCCGCCCUCGCUGUCUCCUACGUUUGGAAAACAGUACGGUGAACUAUCCCUAACCACGAACCCCGCCUUCAGCUUGUACAAUACGCCCCAGCGUGCCCCGGCCGUUCAGCGCCCCAUUUACACUGCCCCACCGCCCUUGCUAUCCACAAGGACUCCCCCCAACAUCUAUACCCGUAUUCCGGGUCGAGGAGGUAGCGGUGGACCUGGUGCCUCAGUUGGAGGUGGGCCGAGUGGCUACCAUUUGCCCGCUUAUGAGACCAGGACCUCGCCCACAUCCCCCUAUGGAUCCACCACCACCUGCACGAUGCCCCUGCUGGGCGGUCAGUCGAACGGAUCGCUGCAGACCAAUGGCAGCGGACUGGGCGUAGGAGGGGGCUUGGUGGGCGCCUGCAACACACUUCCACACCCGGGCAGCACCCUGCAUGUGGGCGGAAUCUCGGCCGCCCUAACAAGCUCGGUGACCAGCGGAAACAUCACCAUCGGAGCCGCCCAGUCGCUGCUCACCUCGCCACGCUCCCAGACGGCUACCUACAGCACCACCUUGGGUGCCGGCGGUGCCGGAGUGCAGUCGCCCCUGCUCCUGAGCGGUGGUGGCGGGAACUACGAGACGGUGAGCUCCUGAGAGUUAGCCAAAGAGGACAUCAAGUGUCAGAUCGUGUGUAUUGGGGGGAGCAGUACGUGCACCACCACCACUCUGGGCGCCGAGCGCACCACCAUUGUCUAAGAAGGUGUUUGAUGCGAUCGGAAAGUAUCGCAGAGGUAAUCCCAAAAUCUGUAUUAUAGUAAUGUAGUUAAGCUGCCGCAAAAACUCGAUAAGACUUCCACACAAAACAAAGCAAACUUAGCAGGCAGCUGAAGAAGGUGUAUUAAGAAUCGAUUAUAGUUAUAGUCUACCUUUAUGGAUAAUAUAGCACUGUUUUCGAACCCGACUAAACCACAAAACGAGAAGCAUUUAUCUAGAAUCUAAUUAUGAUAUCUUUGUGCGCAACAUAAAAUGGAAUACUUCAGUGAAAACAAAGAGCUAUGCUUGUGAAAUUACAGAAUUAACAGAGAAUAAAUCUAACAGAAAACUAGUUGAAUCUUGAAGCUAAGAGAUUAGUGAAAUCGAACUAGCUAGGCCUAAGCCAUAGAUGUGUAUAUAUGUAACUUACUUUAGGAUCAGGUCAGCUAAUACUUAAUCUAGUUUACGAUUAGCCACUAAAGUAGCUUAAACUGAAUUGAACUUAGUUAGUCACAUUGCGAAUCUACGAAAAGACUAUCCCCCUGAUCAUAUAUAUAUAUGAUGUGUGUAUAUGAUAAAUAACAGAAUUUAAUGGCAUAUCUCUAUAUCGACAUAAACAUAUAGCACAACUCGACAGCAGCAGCAACCUGCAAAAGAUCCGAAAUAGGCGCAAACUAUAUACAUAUAUAUUAUAUAAACGAGUACGAUACGAUACCACACCAUAUGAUGUGUCAUGAAAUGAAUAUACUGUAUAUGUACUGUACUGUAUGCAUCAAUCAUAUUUUGUUAAAUGUGAAACGAAAUUUUAUAAGUAUCUGUUGUCGAAUCUUUAUCAAGUCUAUAUAUUACGAAUAUAUCUGUAUGUAACCAUGACAUGAGACGCCAAAGUUCAACGUGUCUCUGCCACCAACUGCCCAAAGAAACAAUUUUCCAGUUCAACUUUAUGGCUCUAAGAAUUUUCCCAUACUAACAGAUUUCAAUCCCGCCCACCACCACCAGCAACCCAACAUGCAAAGUGCUUCUUCAAUGACAAAAUCAAAUUAAAUUGUGACUCGAAUUAUAAAUUAUUAAAAAAAAGAAACAAAACGGAAAACUUAAUUUUGGUUUAGACUAGCAGCUAAGGAACUACGAUUAUGAAAAGUAUAUAUUUUCUGGAUUAACCCUUGUUUUGUAAGCGAGGAGAGUAUUUAUUUUGGGUGCGAACACCACUACUUUAGUUAGUCCCCUCUCGAUGUAAAGAAAAGUUAAUCUUGCUAUGGAGCAGAAACAAGCGACAAAAAUAAAGAAGAAAAUGUGUAUAAA